CCGGGUUUGCUGGCCAGUCAUUGCGAGAAUGUCGAGCUGGUCGGUACUGCCGCUGUUUUUCCUCCUGGCGGUCUGCGCCGUUUGGGGAUCCGUGGAUUUGGCUGGAUCCCUGGAUCCCGCGCUCCUUGAGAAAGUGAAUUUGGACGCGUUGCGGUCGAACUAUCUGCCUCCGGGUCUGCAGGACACCAAACUCAACUUGUCGGACUUCAGGGUGCUGCUGCAGUCGAAGUGCCAGAAAGCCAAUGACCAUUUGCCGCGGGGAUCGGUGAAUGCCUCAGCCCUGAGCCAAUCCAUCGAACAGGCAGGCAUGAAGCUCGGCGAAUGCAUCGCCGGCUUGGCCAAUGUGACGGAGAUCCAGGCGGAGAUCGCGGAGGCCAGUCCCAAGGGCGAUUUGGAUGUGGUCUUCGAGAAGUACUGCCUGAGGAUGCCGCAGGCCAAGGCCUGUCUGAAGGACUUCAACGACGCGCUCCUCCCAUGCCUGACUGCCGAUGAGAAGGCGCACAAUGCGGUGCUGCAGAGGAUUGCCGACAAGUUGCUGGAGUUCAUAUGCUACAAGAACGGGGAUCAGAUCGCCCUCUUCAUUGCGGAACAGGGUCCCGAGUGCCUGACGCAGAGUCGCGACGGCAUCGCCGAAUGUUUCAACGCAUCCUUUGCCGGCUAUUUGCCCAAGGAGUUCAGUACGGAGUGGAAUCUGCCGCAGUUGGUUUUGGGACCCAAGCAGUGCGUCGACAUCUACAACUUCGAGACCUGCACUGUGAAUCUUCUCGAGAAAUGCGAGGUGAUCACGCCGAGCAACAUCGUGGAGUCCAUGUUCCGGUACGUGCGGAGGGAGUCCUCCUGUCAGCCCCACAUUGACAGGGCCAAACGGCAGCACCGGAGCGCCGCGCCGUCGGAGGCCGUGUCCGGUCCCAAAUCCGGAUCAUCCUCAUCCAUGUCCUUGCAUCUCACCUGGUCAUUCGCGAGCCUGCUAAUGGCCACUUUGCUCACCCGACUGGCCUAGCUCCGCGCUGUUCCUCGCUGCUCCUCUCUUUUUUUUUAUUUUAUAUAAUUAUGUUUAAUAAACUUUGCAAAGUCGGAA